GGUUAGGGUGACGUCGCGCGGAACAACGCGAUGUUUACGGCGAGCGGCGGCGGGAUUGUUUUGAUUACGUGGCGAGCGCGGGGCGGUCGAGCCUCACCACGAGGGACCCGUCGCACCGCGUAACGUCGAGACACGUGGGUGAGAGACGACGAUGCACGGUGACGGUUAAAGUGACAGCGAGAUGAUUCUCUUCAGAGCGGGCUCGAUCCUCGGCCUCCUCGUCCUGGUAAGCGGUUUCCGGGAGUACGGCAGGCGGGAGCUGAUCGGCCUGCGGGAUGAGGUACGGGCCAUGUUCGAUUACGCCUACACCGGCUACCUGACGCACGCCUAUCCGUACGACGAGCUGCGCUCGCUGAGCUGCGACGGCUUCGACACCUGGGGCAGCUUCUCCCUGACCCUCAUCGACGCCCUGGACACGCUCGCGGUGAUGGGCAAUUACUCCGAGUUCCGUCGCGUCGCCGAGCUGAUCAUCGGCACGCGGGCCAACUUCGAGGCGAACAUCAACGUGUCGGUGUUCGAGACGAACAUCCGGGUGGUCGGCGGCCUGCUGAGCGCCCAUCUGCUGUCGCGCCGGGCCGGCGUCAAGCUCGAGCCCGGCUGGCCCUGCAACGGCCCGCUGCUGCGUCUCGCCGAGGACAUGGCCGGGAGACUGAUCGCCGCGUUCGACACCCCCACGGGGAUGCCGUACGGCACGGUGAAUCUCAAGUACGGCGUGCCGGAGGGUGAGACCAGCAUCACGUGCACCGCCGGCAUCGGCACCUUCCUCCUCGAGUUCGGCACCCUCUCCCGACUGACCGGCGAUCCGCUCUACGAGGAGGUGGCCAUGAAUGCCAUAAAGGCGCUGCACCAUUACAGAUCCAGCAUCGGCCUAGUCGGCAAUCACAUUGACGUCCUAACCGGCCACUGGACCGCUCAGGAUUCCGGCAUAGGCGCCGGGGUCGACUCAUACUUCGAGUACCUUGCGAAGGGUACGUUGCUGUUUCAGGAUCCCCUGCUGGCCUCGAUAUUCCAGGAGCACAAGCGAGCGAUAGAGAAGUACAUUCGUCGAGAGGACUGGCAUCUGUGGGUCUCCAUGACCAAGGGUCAGGUGACCCUGCCGGUCUUUCAAUCUCUGGACGCGUACUGGCCCGGCGUGCUGAGUCUCUUCGGCGAGAUCGGGGACGCGAUGAAGUCCCUCCACAAUUACCAUCGCGUUUGGAAGCAGUUCGGUUUCACCCCGGAAUUCUACAACAUCCCGCAGGCCGAGGCGGGGACCAACAGGGAGGGCUAUCCGUUGCGGCCGGAGCUCAUAGAGUCCGUCAUGUAUCUUUACAGGGCGACCAGGGAUCCGUAUCUGAUCCAGGUGGGUGUGGACAUCCUGAGGAGUCUGCAGCACAGCGCGAAAACCACGUGCGGCUACGCGACCAUCAACGACGUGCGGGACCAUCGCAAAGCGGACCGAAUGGAGUCCUUCUUCCUCGCGGAGACCACCAAGUACCUGUACCUUCUCUUCGACACCGACAACUUCAUCCACAAUACCGGCUCCGAGGGCGAGAUAAUCGACACCCAAUGGGGCCAGUGCGUGGUGGACGCUGGCGGAUACAUCUUCAACACCGAGGCCCACCCGAUCGAUCCUGGUGCUCUAUAUUGUUGCCGGCCGGCGCAGGAGAUCUUUUCCGACAAGAGGCCGAUCCUGAAGAGGUUCCGUCCGACGCAGGAUAGCAUGCCAGUGGACGAUUCCUCGCCGAACGAGCCUAAUCACGAGAAGGAUGCUACCAGCAAGAAUCCAGACGUGAUGCCAAUCACGAUGACGAAACUGUCCGAGAUCAGGCACCACUCGGCGAGCGGGAAGAAGGAUGCUCUCAACGAAAGUGUCCCGUCGCCGAACGUCUCGUCGACGGACGACCCGUCGGAUUCCGCCGAGCAGGAAGACGAGGUCGAAGAGGUCGAGGAAGUCGAGGAGGAGGAGGAGGAGGAGAAAUCGAAUCGGAGCGUUCGGUUGCCAACGGCGCAGAUAUUCGCUCCCUCGUCGACGAUGUACAAGGCUGACGACAGCGACGGUCCCGACGGCUUCGAGCCCCCGAUACUGUCGAACGGACAAUACUCGGCUUCCGGACUCGCGACGGAGGGCGGUGCUCGACGGAAUUUUACACCGAGCCCCGCUAAAGCCAGAUUCGAGCCGCAGAUAAUGCUGGAGAACAUCAGACGCGGGAAUCUCUAUCCGACCAACGUCACAGCGAGGCGGAACUAUCAGAUCCUGUCCUGUCAAGCUCAACCAUUCCUACAACGAAUGUCGAUCAUAGGAGAAUUUUUUUAAAGAGGAAAUAACGCUCUGGCAAGGACCGAGGGAAUCUACGCGAAAAUUGCGCGAGUCCGUCGCGGCGAUUCUCAGAGUAUUUUUGAUUCGCGCGUCUUUGUUAUGAGAAAAUAGGAGGAAUUCCACGCGGGCCCGCGUGUCCCCCCGCGUACGUUGUACUUUAGGAUAUAUUCCUGUGAUAUAAUUGUUGUUGUAUAGUUUCUAAUAAAUAUAUAAGAUAUUGCAAGUACAA